CCGGAACCAUCAGAAACCGGCGAAGGGAUUCCUUCGUAGCCUUGAUUUACAUCUUGUUUGCGAUCAUGGCUUCAGGGAGAACGUUGUAUGAUAUCCUUUCCCUUCAGCACGAUGAGGUCGAUGAGGAUCCGGGAAUCGCGCUGACUAGCCUCAUAACCACCGCAGUGCACGACGAACAACCUAAGCAUAACCUUGCUAGCAUUGUCGAUGCCGUGAAACAGAGUGGGUGCGCGUCUUCGCUUGAACCCCUUACUAUCAUUCCACUUGUGGUCUCAAGCCCCGAGAGUAGUGCGGACGACCUCAUUGGCCUCAUGUCCCAGGACUGUAGCGCCAAGGAAGUCGUCAUGGCGGUGGAGGAAGUCGUGGAAAGCCUUGACCGAGCCAUGCAGACAGGCGAGGACGAAGAGCACGGUAGAACGGCGCCGCGAACGUCCACAGCGCUCCAACUUGCGCGCCUCAUCAGAGCCUAUGCCGUCGCCAUUCCUCGACUCCCUAAAUGGAAGAAGUCUCCUGAGGAAACAUUAGCAUCACGGUUGUCUGAGUUGAAUCAGGCUAUUCAAUUCGCCGGUCAGUCGGCCACACCUCACGAAGGCCGCACGCUUGUGGUCGCCAUCUCUGAGUUCGCGCUGGCUUUGUCGAAUGGUGCCGACGAGAAAACCAAGAUAUCGCUGCAAUCUCUCAUACAGGACGCUAUCGAGACAUUCGCGAACGCCACCUAUGGCAACCUUGCGCGGAAGGCUUUUAUGAUCCACUUCUCCAGAUUGGUAGUACCUCAAUCCGAGGCGUCUUCUGAGUCGGGAUCACAGGAUGUCCUUACGAGUACUUGGCGGGCUCUCCAUGCGUUAGGAGCCACAACAAGCAAGUAUGAAUCGCACCCUAGUCUAGCUUCUCUUGUCCUUCUGGCACACGAUCCCUCUUAUACCUUUUCGAUGUCUACCUUGACUACCUUCUACCCCACCAUCAUCUUCUGCAUCCAGUCAAAUUUUUCCCUUGACGAAGUCCUCUACAUUCUCAUAUCGUCAUUGGCGCGUUUGCGCGCCGCGGUUCCUCGCCCAGAGCUCAACGCGGAUCUCACAGCCCCUCUUAUACACCUACUUCCCCACGUUGCCAGCAAUCACCAGGAUCCAGAUAUCAGGCACUACACGUUCCGGGCCAUCUCACUUGUCCUCGGAUUGUCACCAUCCCCUCUACGCUCCCGCUUCCUCCAGGACCUCCUGAGCGACGUAGAUCUACCCGCACAGAUGCGCGUUGCUACGGUUGGGUUACUGAAGGAAGCGGUCCUUGAGGGGCUUACUAGCAGCGAUAAGAACAUCUUCGCUUCCCCGCACCUCUUUACAGCCUUUGGCCCCUUGGUCCUGAGACCGCAGCCUCCAGACCUCUUUGACUCAGUCCUUCUAGACGACUUCUUGGAAAGCCCAGAGGCGCUGCGGCUCGUCGAAUGCCUCGGGUUCUACUACGUGCUUCUGCUCAGGGACGUGCAAAACCUGAGUGGCGUGCGUGAUGCUGACUCGCUGAACAACGUGGAAAGCUCGCUGCUGCGGCCGCUGCGCAAGCGGCUUAUGGACUGGGAAAAAGAAUUAGAACAGGAUACGGAGCAGGAGCAUGAUCAUGACGCCGCCUUGCAGCUGGAUAUCUUGCAUAUGUGGCUUGAACGCGUGCAAGACGCUAUCGAUAGAACUAGGACGUGAUAGUGCUAUUUCUCCGCGGGAUGAGGAGAGCG